AUGGGCGAAAGCCAGACGGGGCGCUUUCCUCGCGGCCGGCGCGGCACUCUGAGUCUGGCUCUGCUUGUCGCCGUGGCUCUGGCGGCCGUUUGGCUGUCGCCGGGGAGCGCAGGCGAAGCUGACACCUUCGUCCGCGGCCCUGUCGAUUUGGGUGCACAGUCGCGGAGCCCAUCCCUGGCGGCCGGCGCCAGCCAGGAGGACAGCGAAGCGGCCCUGAGGGAGCGCGUUGCGCAGCUGGAGAGGAAGCUGGCGGAGAAGCUCAUGGACCCUCCCGCGGAGCCGGAGGAGCAGCCGCCCUCGAUUCUCCAACCUCUGAUCGACCAGGCGGUGCAGGAGGUGCCGGAAUUGCAGCAGGUGGAGGACGCACGGAUGGGAAUGACGGAAGACAAGAUGUAUGUCUUCGAGAUGGGUAACAAGUCCAAGAAGCAGGCAAUCUACCGGCGCAAGUAUGAGGUGCUGGGCAUGGUCCUGACACAGCAGGAGGCCUUUACGAAGGCCGCUCGGCGAGCGGUGAAGCGAGCGAGGGAUUCACCGGCCGUCAAGGAGCUGAUGACACUGAAAAUGGAGGGAGGAAUGGGCCUCACCAAGAAGCAAAUGCAGGCCGAGAUGAACCGAAUGGAGGCAGUCGACAAUUACGCCGCCAUCAUCUUCAGGGACAUCAUUCCGAAGCUUCAGGAGAACCCCAUGGCAGAUACGCUCGGCUACCUCAGCGCAACGUUUCUUCUGCUGCUCGUUCUCAUCGCUUUUGGCUUCUGCUUGGUGCCACCGGUGGUGAACCCGGAUGAGUGA